GAAGCAUCUCUUUCCACAUACAAAAAAAAACAGUAUGGAACAACAUUUCACGAUGCACAGUGACUUUUUGUCGGUGUGUUUGUAAGUGUGCUAGACUUUAAAAUAUUGCUAUUGAACUUGUAAUUGGCAGCGCACGUGUGUUAUUCAUUGUUGGAAUGCGACUGGUUUUUUUUUGCACGUUUUUCCUUCCUACGUGCAGCGUUGUAAACGAUCUGUUUAUAUUGAAGGUAACAGUAAAACGCCUCUUACAUCUGGAUGAUGUCUUAUCCACCACAAUAUUAUGGAAUGCCAAAUGGUUUCCCACACACUUCCAAUGGCCAAAAUCAGCAGCAUCAGUUUCCACAACAGCAGCAGCAGCAGCAAAGCCAAGAUCAGCAACAUUAUACGAGUCGACCUGGAGACGCAGCUAAUCCACCCAAGGGGGGACCGAUGCUGCCCAACGGACCUCCACCGGGAGCGAUAGUAAAUAGUCAACCAAUCGUAGCCCAACCAAUGAAUGUUGUUUCGGGGUCGCAACCACCCAAAGCACAUCCACCCAUGCCGUCGCAGGAAGCCAUGCCGUCGCAGAUACAGCAAAACAGCAAUUGGAUGCAAAAUUGGGCAGCUACCAAUGGGAACAGUACCACCUCGUCACGUACAUCUUCCCCAGCUUUGUUGGGAAGCAAUGGUAUGCCACCGACGGCCGGUACUACCAAGGCAGCUUCCCACCCGUCCGAGACAGUACGGGGUUACAGUAACAACAACAACAACAACAAUCUUCCGCCGAUGGCAUCUAGUCAAAGUCAAGCACCACCGGUCGUGUCACAGCAAAGUGGAUCGGCCACUGCUGGUUAUAACGUUAGUCCGAACAAUAAUUGGUCCAGCGGGAACAAGCUGAAUGCGGGUGGUGUUAAUCUCGUUAAUACACCACCAAAAAGUGCAUCGGGUAUGUCGACGCCCCUGAACGCGUCUACGCCCACCCUUACCGGUCCGACCGUACUGAGCGGACAGCAGCAAGCUAUGCAAAAGUUAACGAACAGCGUACAGGAUCUGAGCAUUCAGCGGCCAUCAGGUAUCGGUGGUGUGCCGCAACCCACUGGCACUGUAACGCAUCAACAGAACUUCCAGCAAACACCGAUGACUAAUGGCAACGGUGUGCAGACAGGGGCAAAUGUUGCGUCGAAUGUUUCCUCGCAAAUGGGAAUGAAUCAUCGGCCAUAUGGUCAUUUACCGUCUGCUUUGAAUCAACAAUAUCAAACACCUCAACAGCAACAAGCGCAACCGCUUCAUCAACCGCAGCAACAACAGCAACAUACUGUUCCAUCUUCGAUGUCCCAAGGUCCACCACCAUCGAUGACGAAUGGACCAGGCAAUAAUGCAUUUCAAACUGUUGGCGCCGGUUUAGUAACAUCACAACAACCGCAACAACAACUACAAACUGCUCCUUCCCAAGGACCACCACCCUCAAAAGGACCGACCAGCAUCAAUCAAACGAUUAACGCUGGUUUGGUAACAUCACAACAACAUCCAGCCGCAACAGUAAAUGCUCCACCAACAACAGCAGCACCGUUGCUAGGAAACGUACCCAACGCAGGACAACCGCUUAUGAAAAGGCCAAUGUAUCCGCCGGCAUCAAAUUUGCCACCAUUAGGAGCGACCGUUGGUCAAGGUCAGCCUCAGAAUGCUUACGGUGGUAUGCCGCAACAACCCGGUGUUCCGAUGCAGUCACAUCCCCAACAACAACAACAGCAACAGUAUCAGCAACAGCAACAACAGCAACAACAACAGCAACAGUAUCAGCAACAACAGCAACAACAACUGCAUCAGCUUCAGCAGCAACAAAUGCAUCAACAGCAUCGUCAACCGUACGAGCAGAAUAAAUAUCCGGCCGGUAACGAUGGCGGUGGCGGUGGCUACUAUCAGCGUAACGUUGUGCGCAGCGGGUUUGAUAGAUUGUGGGGUACGAAUACGAUAGAUCUGCUGCAAAAUCGAAACGUUUUACCCACCGAUCGUGUUACACCACCACCAAUACAUCUGGUCAAUCCACUCCAUGGUUCGGUCAAUUGUAAUCCGGAUAUAUUCCGUUGCACGCUGAACAAAAUACCGGAAUCGUUAUCGUUGCUGAAUAAAUCACGUCUGCCGUUAGGAUUGUUAAUUCAUCCGUUCCGAGACUUAAAUGUAAGAAAUUGUACAGAAGAGAACUUGCCGGUCAUAUCGUGUAAUGCAAUUGUGCGCUGCAAAACUUGCCGAACGUACAUCAAUCCGUUCGUGUUUUUUACGGAUAGUAAAAAGUGGCAAUGCAAUCUUUGCUAUCGCACUAACGAACUACCGGAAGAGUUCCAGUACGAUCCGGUUACGAAAACCUUCGGUGAUCCAACCAGAAGGCCUGAGAUCAAAUCCAGCACGAUCGAAUUUAUUGCUCCAGCAGAAUAUAUGUUGCGUCCACCACAACCGGCAAUCUAUCUGUUCCUGUUGGACGUAUCGUCGCUAGCUCAACAGUCGGGCUAUCUGUAUACGGUUUGCAACACCCUGAUGGAACAUUUGGAAAAUCUUCCCGGUGAUGCCCGUACACAGGUCGGUUUCAUUGCGUACAACAGUGCGAUCCAUUUCUACAACAUUUCCGAACAAUACAAUCAACCGCAUGAGGUGACGGUUUUGGACGUUGAAGACGUUUUUCUUCCGUAUCCGGACAAUCUGCUAGUGAAUUUGAAGGAGUGUAAAGAAAUGAUCAUGCAGCUGUUAAAGCAGUUGCCGAAGCGGUUCGAACACACGCAUGACACGCACAGUGCACUGGGGGCGGCUUUGCAAGUUGCAUAUAAGCUUAUGAGUGCCUCCGGUGGACGUGUUACGGUGUUUCAAACGUGCUUACCAAACUAUGGUCCAGGAGCUUUGCAAUCAAGAGAAAAUCCAAACAAUCGCUCGUCGAAAGAGGUGGCCCAUUUAGGACCGGCUACCGAUUUCUACAAACGUCUUGCAUUGGAGUGCUCUGGUCAGCAGAUUGCUGUGGAUUUAUUUUUACUAAAUAGUCAAUACUGUGAUUUAGCCACUAUUUCUGGCAUUAGUAAAUUUAGUGGUGGAUGCAUGCAUCAUAUACCGCUGUACAGUGAAUCCAAACCGCAGCUAGUGAAAACGCUACGCAAAUCUUUGGAGCGUUACCUGACGCGCAAGAUCGGGUUUGAGGCAGUUAUGCGUGUACGGUGCACGCGCGGUUUGACAAUACACACAUUCCACGGUAAUUUCUUCGUCCGCUCGACGGAUUUGUUGUCCUUGCCAAAUGUUAAUCCUGACGCCGGCUUUGGAAUGCAGAUAACGUACGAAGAAAGUUUGACCAAAGUUAAGACGGUUUGCUUCCAAGCGGCACUGCUCUAUACGAGCAGCAAAGCCGAACGGCGCAUCCGUGUCCACACACUUUGCAUACCGGUUACGGAAAGCUUGUCCGAGGUGAUGUACUCAGCCGACCCGCAGUGCAUAGUGGGUCUACUCUCGAAGAUGGCCGUCGACCGUUCGGUUACCUCAAGCCUGUCAGAUGCCAGAGAUGCCUUUGUUAAUGCAACCGUCGAUAUAAUUAGCGCGUUUAGGCUAGUGCAAAAUCUGGCACAAACUUCAAGCAAAUUAGUCGUUCCAGAAAAUCUGAAACUGUUGCCUUUGUACAUUUUGGCUAUGUUAAAGCAUCCCGCUUUCCGUACCGGUACCAGCACCCGAUUAGACGAUCGUGUAUUUGCUAUGAGUGAAAUGAAAUCGCUUCCGUUGGAUCAGCUUAUACGUUACAUCUAUCCGGAUUUCUAUCUAUUAGAUUGUUUGUUCGUGUCCGGCAGCAACGGAUACGUUGACGAUGGGCAUAAACUGGAACCCAUCCGGUUGCAGCUAUCAGCGGAAAAGCUAGAUUCGCGAUCAAUGUUUUUGCUCGAUUGUGGUCCGUUCAUGUAUAUUUAUAUUGGUUCUAAUGUGGCAUCUAGCAUCAUACAGGAUAUUUUAGGAUACAAUUCAGUUGCCGAAAUACCGGAUUUCUGCAUUGAGCUACCCAGCCGUAAGACGAAAGCAAGCGAAGCUCUAUUAACUUUCUUGGAAAGCAUUGAUGACGAAAAACCGUACGCCUCUUAUGUGCAAGUUAUUCGUGAUACUAGCCAAUUCCGAUCGGUGAUGAUUGAAAAGUUCGUAGAUGAUCGCAAUCCAAAUUCACUGUCGUACUAUGAGUUUUUGCAACAUUUAGGUGCACAGGUAAAGUAAAAAAAUAAAAAGAAAACCCUUGGUUUUCGAAUGAAAAUAAGGGGAAAGCGGAGCUGUUAAAAUACCCUGGGAAAAUGUUGAAAGAUAAAGCUAAUUUGCUGAACAAAACAGUCACCCACUAGUACGUGUAUGUAUUAUAGCAUACUAAUGCUGAAAGUACUCCAAACGCAUCGUGAUGUAAAACGGCAACAAAAUGUUUGUUUACCCACUAACACAGUUCUUUGUUCUAUCGUUAUAACGGGGUUGCGAACGAUUUUUAAAACACAG